AUGGCCACUGACUUAAAUCCAAUAGAAAAUGUGUGGAAAAUAUUGAAGGACAACGUUCAACAACGAAGGCCACCUCCAAACACUUACGAAGCCUUGAAGACGGCACUUCUAGAAGAAUGGGAAAAUCUAGAUUUAUCAAUCUUUAUGAAUUUAAUUAAAA